UGCUAGCCAGCUAGCGUGCUGCGUGCAUGGAUGCGGUGCCCAUGAGUAGUUUCAGAUAUGAUGAGCGGUAGGACGAGCGCGGUAAUUGCCGGCGUGUGCGGAGCCCUUUUCAUCGCAUACUGUAUUUAUUUUGAUAGAAAGCGGCGGAGUGACCCUCGCUUCAAGGAAAAGCUACGUGAACGUAGAAGAAAGCAAAAUGCUUCUAGUCAGAAGUCUGGACUGGCAAAGCUACCUGACAUGAAGGACGCGGAAGCUGUUCAGAAAUUCUUUCUGGAGGAAAUCCAGCUGGGAGAGGAGCUCCUGUCACAAGGUCAAUUCGAGAGCGGUGUAGACCACCUGACCAAUGCGAUUGCAGUAUGUGGUCAACCUCAGCAGCUGCUUCAGGUACUCCAGCAGACGCUGCCACCUCCAGUUUUCCAAAUGCUGCUCACCAAACUGCCCAGCAUCAGCCAGCGAAUCAUCAGUUCUCAGUCUUUAACAGAAGAUGAUGUUGAAUGAAACUGAUUGUGUGUGAAAUGGAAACAUGCAGUCACUAUUCCGCAAAGGGAUUUGAGGCACUGUUAUAUAUGUGCACAUUUUUGGUAUGUGUGACUGCAGUUGCGAGCCUGAUUGUGACAGAGCUUGAUCUUUGGACGUCAGAUGACAAUAAUCGCCCUCUAUCAUGGCGGUCUGAGGUUAAGAACUUGCUCGAGCUGGCGUUUCUGGGAAACGUUUAAACACAUUCCAUCUUUCUAAUCUUCUUCCCACCAGAUCUCAUGUAUUCUGGCCAUCAGUUUAUUCUAUGUAUUUCCCUCAAGUAAUGAUGCGUUAUGUUUGGGGGGGGGGGUGUUAUGUC